UACAAAAUUAAAGGGGGGAAGAAAGAGAAAGGAAUCUAGUUGAAAUAAAUCACAUUCCGACAAGUCAAGAAUUCGAAGUCUAAAAAAGCAAAAGCUUUACUCCAGGAAAAUAUAAGUUGUACCUUCGCCGUAAUGUACAACCUCUCCAAGCAACACUCCUCCGCAGCUUCACCGACAAAUUCCACCUGAAAAAAAUCCAACCCCCAAAUUUUCCGGCCGCCUCCGCAACCCUCAAUAAUGUCGGCCUCUGCAGAUGACGACUACCCGAAACCCUACUCCCCGCCGCGCUCCGGCGGCGGGGCGGCGGCCGCCACCACGAGCGUCCACGUGACCGCCCUGGACGGCCUGGUGAACGUGAACUCCCUCUUCACCAUCGCCGUCUUCGUCGGCCUCUCCCUGGCGACGCCGGGGCAGCACAGCCUCGAGAACCCCUCCGCCUGCGACGCCGGCGUCGACGUGGCGAAGAAGCUGCUGGUCUUCGAGGUGGUGUCGUUCAGCUUCUUCCUCUUCUCGUCGCUGGUGGCGCAGGGCUUGAAAUUGGCCAUCAAUUUGCUCAAUAGCAAGGACGUGGACGAGAUUUUUAGGGCUCACAUCAAUCUCAAGGUGCUCAGAUUCGGGAUGAUGGCGUCGGCGAUCGGAUCGGUGAUGGGGUGCUUGUUCCUGAUGCUGUCGAUGGUGAACGUGAUCCAGAUUAGGCUCGGGAUGCUGUCGUGUGGGAGCAGAUCGGCCGUCCACGCCGUCACGGCGUUGAUUGUUUUGGUCACUUCCGCUCUGCUUGUUUACAUCUCCACCGCCGUCUAUGCUUUCCUGCACUGAGCUGGACGGCGGCGCUGGUGUCACUGUUACAUCUCGUGUUUUUAAUUCAUGCGUUUUUGUUGAUCAUGGUGGAACAUGAGAUGGAUGAAAGGGGGCUUUUUUUUUAGCCUUUAAUUGAUUUUCGUUGAUGAUGAUGGUGUUUCGUGUUUUGUUUUUUGACGUGAUUUUCGUUGAUAAUGGCGUCUCAUGUUUUAUUUGUUGAUAAUGGUGGAAUAUGAGAUGAAUUACAUCUCGAAUUUCACUUUUAUUUAAAGCUUUAAGUGAUUUUGAGUGAUGAUGGGUUUUUUUUUUAUCAAUGAUGGUGGAACAUGAGAUGGAUGAAGGGGGUUGAUGUUAUGUUUCGUAUUUCACUUUUAUUUAAGCAUUUAAGGUGCGUUUUAUUUGUCUGUAAAUUUAUCGUGGGAAAAGGAAGGAUAAAUUUACAAUCAAAGAGAACGCACCCUAAGUGGUUUUCGUCGAUGAUGAUGUCUCGUGUUUUGUUUCUUGAUGUGAUUUUCGUGAUAAUGGUGGAACUUGAGAUGGAUGAAGGGGAUUGGUGUUAUGCUUUGUAUUUCACUUUUUUCUAAGCUUUUUAAGUGGUUUUCGUUGA